GAAAGGUUGAUUAUGUUUCUCCCGCUGAAUUUUAGCCGAAAUUGCCUGCCACUGUUAAAGUGAGAAAGUUAGUAGGUUAUUUCCUUGCCUGACUGAGGAAUAACGCUGCUACUUUUUUUAACAGCUGAACAAAGAGAUUUCCAGCCACCUCCAUUUUACUGUUACCAGAAUCAGGCCUACAGCAUGGGUAAUGACGUCAGCCAGGAAUCACAGAAGUACGGACAACCUCUCCCAAAUGACAUCUCUGUCACGUGGACCAAGUCCAAGUCAGUGUUCCCAUUCUCUGCGCGUGACGGACACUCCUCGUGUGCCCUGGGGAAUAAGGUGUAUGUGUUGGGAGGAGUAAUACAGGGGGAGCCGGGUCAGAUCGCAGAGGUUAAUGACCUUCUUGUAUUUGAUGUGGGAUCUGAAACCUGGUCUAAGGUGGAUGUGAAAGGUGACAUUCCAAUCCCAUGUUCAGCCUCAGCCCUUACCGCAGUGGGGGACAAGCUGUACUUGUUUGGGGGGUUGAGUCAUGAAGUCGGCUGGCUUGACAGUCUCUAUGUCUUCAACACAGCAAACUGUGAGUGGUCUCAGGUUGAAGCUAAGGGUUCUCAUCCAUCAGCCAGAGACAAGCUAGGAGCAGUUGCCAUAGGAACAAAGAUUUAUUAUUUUGGUGGAUUCGGCCCAACUCUGGAGGAAGAAGAUUUAACAGGAGAUACUGAGGAAGAAGAGGAAGGAGAAAUGGCUGGUCAAGAAGGGGCUGUGUUUGGCUGGUUUAAUGACCUCUUUGUCUAUGAUACAGUGGCUAACUCCUGGUCCCAGCCCAUGCAGAUGAAUCUGGGUGUUCCCACCCCAAGGGCAGCCCACAGCAUGAGUGGAGUAGAGAAGAAUCUGAUUAUCUUCGGUGGAAAGGAUGCAGAGGCCAGGCAGAAUGAUUUACACAUCUUUAACACAGACUCUCGGAAAUGGGAUACAGAGAGUAAAUUCAGAGGAAGACAACCAGAGCCUCGCUCAUUUCAUUCUGCAACAGUUGUGGGGAAUCGAGUGGUCAUCCUUGGUGGACGUGGGCUGACGAAUCAGCAUUAUGCAGACAUCCAUAUACUAGACACAGAAAAGAAAGAAUGGCUUCAGCCAGCUGUACAGGGUGACAUCCCAUUGGGGCGGGGCUUGCAUUCAGCUGUUGUUGCUGGCAACCAGCUUGUGGUAUUUGGUGGCUCAGCCAAUAUAGACCCAGAGACCAAUCAGUGCACAGAUAUCUUCUCAGAUACUUACUUGGUCAAAACAGCUGACAUUUUGAAGGGAUCAUCACACAGUGAUCAGGGUGCCAGUGAAUCUCCAGUAAAACAGAAUGGAGGUACAAAUGGUGUGUGACCAAUCAAGACACAGCUUGUGAAGGGAACUUAACUCUAAAAGAGAACAUUGUCAUUAAUUGUGUAUCACAGUACCUCAGGCCAUAAACUACGCAGCUGCGCACAUCUGCCUUUCUCUUGCAAUGCUCCAUUUAUGAACUUUAUCCUGCUGUUAUAUGAAUUGUUGCAAGACUUGAAAAAAGUUCAGGUUGGGCAGGUGUGCUGGAAUUAGUAGUGAUCUGAAGAAAAAUGUCUGAUCCAUUAUCUGUUAUUUCUGUCUUAUGUGAAGUCAUCAGUGAUAAAAUGCUUCAUAGAAGUCUACGUUAUUUGUCUAAACUUGUUGAUAACUUGUUUGCCUUUUGUUUUUAAUUAUUUACAUGCAUAUUAGCUGUCUCAUUUGUUUGUAUAAAUGGAAUGGUGGUUAAGGUCAUCUUUGCGAAUAUUUCACUUAUCUGAGGAUGUCUUCGUUGUGAGUGAAGUUACAUGUGAGAAAGUUUUCUCCACUUUUAUUUCCAAACUGUAUCUUAUUCACACAUAUAACCGACACAGAUUCACCCACC